AUGUCGAAGCGGACGAGCAACGCAACCAUCAAUGGCAAGGCAGCCAAAGAUGCUGCCGAUAGCUUCGCCGAGCCCACCUACGAUAAACAGAAGCUUCUUCUUUCGGCCGACACUGGCCACUUUUCGCUGAUCCGCGCUCUCCACCUCGCCGACGCAAUCACCCUUUGUAAUGGAGCAUGUGGUGUCAUGUCAAUUUUCACCUCUUUGCGCUAUUGUCUCGGCGACCCUUCAUCCGUCAGCACGCUGUACCUCGCUCUCUUCUUUCUGCCAUUCGGUCUGUUCUUCGACUUCAUGGAUGGCAAAGUUGCUCGGUGGAGAAAGAAGAGCAGCAUGAUGGGCCAAGAACUUGAUUCUCUGGCUGACCUGAUAUCUUUCGGCGUUGCUCCUGCCUCGGUAGCCUUCGCCGUAGGCUUACGCACGCCCAUCGAUCACGUCUGCUUGACUUUUUUCGUCCUCUGCGGUCUUACUCGCCUCGCUCGCUUCAACGUAACUGUCUCCGCUCUACCCAAGGACGCGACUGGGAAAAGCAAAUACUUCGAAGGCACUCCAAUCCCCACUAGUCUUGGCCUUGACGCUGUAAUGGCGUAUCUAGUGUCUCAGCGUUGGAUCCUACAAGACCUUCCUCUCGGAACAUGGCUGCCGGGAACUGCGCUGGAGUUCCACCCUAUCGCUCUUGUGUUUGUACUGCACGGAUGUCUCAUGACCAGCAAGAGCAUUCACAUUCCCAAGCCUUGA